GAACAGGUUUGGUGGACUCACACUUAGCCAAAGAAACCUUUAAAUAACGGCGAUCGGGGCCUCAAAGUUAACCAGUUGCACUUGUGCAUCAGCCAUCGACUGAAAAUAACUUGUUGCUGUUGAAAAAUAUCAGUAAUUUCUCAAAAAUCAUGAAGGUUUUCGCUCUUCUCCUGUUGGUCAGUGUCUCCGUCGUUUAUUCCGCACCGCAAAAUAUUGAAUUCGCUAUUAUUGAUGUCAUCAAUUCAGCUGUACCCAACGUGGCUAUAAACAUUCCGACGGCCGCCGUUCGGCCGGUAGUGAACAUCCCACUGGUACCAUCCCAAGGAGGAGCCUCCGCUUUUGCAUCCGCUCAAGGCCGGCCUGGCUCACAGACUUUCGCUACAACAAGCAUCCGUAGGGACGAUGAUGACGAUAGAAAAUAAAGAAUAGUAAUGAAAGACUGUACUUUGGAAUAAUCCCGAAUAUGUACAUAUUUUUUUAAAUGAAGAAAUCUGAAUCAAAAUACUUUGGAAACAAAAAAUAAAACACGAACGUUUUUAUUGCGAA